CUCCCCUCUCAUCAAUUUCACUACCCCAACAGAUUUAGAGCGAGAGAGAAAUCUCUAUAGAGAUCUAGAGAGAGUACCUAACCAAUCUCUGCAGCGAGAUGAGAGAGAUUGGUGCACAACAGGCGCAAAUUGAAGGUAACAACAGCAACGGUAGCGGUAACGGUAACGGCGGUGAUCAGUUCAACGACGGUGGCGGCAUGGCGGGACCGCCACAGGGAUUGAUAGAGAGAUUGAAGGAUUAUGGACAGGAGGAUGCGUUUGCGCUGUGGGAUGAGCUUUCGAGUGACGAGCGGGAGCUUCUCGUUAAGGAUAUUGAGAAUGUGGAUCUUUCUAGGAUUGAUCGGAUUAUUCGUUGCUCGCUUCAGUCACAUGCGCUACCGGCUGCGGCAAUUGAGCCGGUGCCGGAGAGUAGUGUGUCAACUGUAGAGGAUAGGAAGCUUGAAGAUAGGGAAAGAUGGUGGAAGAUGGGAAUGAAGGCGAUUUCUGAGGGAAAACUAGCAGUUUUACUUCUCUCUGGUGGUCAGGGAACUCGUCUCGGAAGUUCAGAUCCAAAGGGAUGUUUCAAUAUUGGACUUCCAUCUGGGAAAUCACUUUUUCAACUUCAAGCUGAGAAAAUCUUGCGUGUUCAAAGAUUAGCAGCUCUAUCUCAAAAUGAGGGAUCUACUGAUAUUGUGCCAAUACAUUGGUAUAUAAUGACUAGCCCGUUUACUGAUGAUGCCACACGCAAGUUCUUUGAAAGUCAUAAAUAUUUUGGUCUUGAAUCUGAUCAAGUUACCUUCUUCCAGCAGGGGACAAUACCCUGUGUUUCAAAAGAUGGUAGAUUUAUAAUGGAGACUCCUUGCAGAGUAGGACCUUUUUCCCUUUUUUUUCCCAGUAAUCUAUGUUUGCGCUUAUUUGAUGGCACAGUUGUAAACCCUUGCCAGGUAGCAAAGGCUCCAGACGGAAAUGGAGGAGUCUAUUCAGCUUUGAAAUAUUCAAGGUUACUAGAUGAUAUGACAAUGAGAGGGGUUAAAUAUUUAGACUGUUAUGGAGUUGACAACGCUCUGGUCCGUGUGGCUGACCCUACUUUCCUGGGUUAUUUCAUCGAUAAAGGUGUAGCUACUGCAGCUAAAGUUGUCCGUAAGGCUUACCCUCAAGAAAAGGUUGGUGUGUUUGUAAGGCGAGGAAAAGGCGGACCUCUUGCUGUAGUUGAAUAUAGCGAGCUAGAUUCAUCUCUAGCUAGUGCAAUAAAUCAGGAAACUGGCAGGCUUCGUUUUUGUUGGAGUAAUGUUUGCCUACAUAUGUUUACCGUUGAUUUUCUAAAUCAAGUUGCAAAUGGUCUUGAGAAGGACAGCAUUUACCAUCUUGCCGAGAAGAAAAUUCCAUCAAUCCAUGGAUAUACAAUGGGAUACAAAUUGGAACAAUUUAUAUUUGAUGCAUUCCCUUAUGCACCUUCCAUGACACUUUUCGAGGUGUUGCGUGAAGAAGAAUUUGCUCCAGUAAAAAAUGCCAAUGGUUCGAAUUAUGACACUCCAGAUAGUGCUCGCUUGCUAUGUCUCCGUCUUCACACUCGUUGGGUGGUUGCUGCUGGUGGCUUCUUAACACAUUCAGUGCCUUUAUAUUCAACUGGUGUGGAGGUAUCACCACUUUGUUCUUAUGCUGGAGAAAACCUUGAAGCUAUAUGUCGUGGUAGAACAUUUCACGCACCUUGUGAAAUCUCAUACUAAUUAGCUUUGCCAUAUCAAGUUGUGAGUUUUUUUAAUUACGAAUUGGGGGGUGUUUUUUUUCCUUUUCAGGUAUUCCUUUUCCCGUAUAUUUUACUAUAGAAUUUGUGUGAAUGAGGUCUGUAUUUACACGCUGAUAGAAGUAUUGCUCGUUUUGUUGUAAGGUUUUUGGUUGUAUUCGAGCAAUUUUUGAAUCUUCGUUCUCAUA